ACCAGUUUCUGUGAAUCAGAGACCACCUCCAACCUCAAUCGCCAUCGAUCCUCCACUCACUCCUUUUCUUCCCUUUCACCACCUUCCCACCGUGCCGCUGAGAAUUGAUUGAUGUCCUGCAGCUAGCGAUAUGGCCUCAUCAUCCCCUUCCUUCUUCUCUGCGCCACAAAUGCAUCAGCCACGUGAAGAAGCGCACCGAGCACUCCUCCAAGAUCUCAGAGUGACGACGAAGAAGAGAGCCAUGUCUUUCUCAGGGAUGGACAACGGCAUGGACGAGUUGUCGGACGACGGCAUGCCAGCCUGGGAGACGAAGAGGAGAUCACUGAGCAAGGAGCAGGUGAGGACGCUGGAGAAGAGCUUCGAGCAGGGGAACAAGCUGGAUCCUGAGAAGAAGAUGCAGCUGGCCAUGGUUCUCGGGCUGCAGCCGAGGCAGGUGGCCAUCUGGUUCCAAAACAGGCGAGCCAGGUGGAAGACCAAGCAACUGGAGAAGGAUUACGAUGCCCUCCGCAGGCAGCUCGAGGCGAUCAAAUCGGAGAACGAAGCUCUCCGAGCACACAACGAGAAACUCCAAGCUGAGAUCUUGGCUCUCAAAGGCAGAGACAGUACAUCAGAGCCGAUCAACCUCAAUAAGGAAACCGAAGCCUCGUGCAGUAACCGAAGUGAGAACAGCUCCGAGAGAACUUCAAUGGCCAUGGAGAGCUCCUCCUUCCACCCUCACCGUGGCCUCGCUCUCUUUGCCUCAGUCAGGCCAGCGGAGAUGGAAAUGCACUGCCCCAAGAUCGAGCACUGCAUCGCCGCCGAAGGAAGCUUCAGCAACUUGCUGUGCAGCCUGGAGGACCACGCUGCCACCUUCUGGCCAUGGCCGGACGGCCCGGACCAGCAGAGCUUCCACUGACAAGAUCAGUCUCAAACAAGCACACUGCAUAAUUAUAUAAUAGCACUUGAAUUCAACGUAACCUCUUAUCUAAAAUCGAACUCUGUAUUGUAAGUCAUGAAUUCAAGGCACUUCAUACAUCUUCUAGUUGCCCAAGUCGAGAUUUUUCCUUCAUGUAAGAAAGAGUUGAGUUGAGGGAUGAAGAAGGUACAGGAGGAAGGAGACAAGGUGCGUGGAAAGUGGUCCGUCAUUGGUUUUGGUAGCAAUGUUUGCUGCUGACAAUGGAGCGGCCGGGAGCUUUAACCGUAGUACCCCACUGGGAAAGUCCCUACUUCAGUUUUGUGAUGAGAGAAGCAUGUGGUUCGCUGCCAUUUCUGUUCUGCAAGCUUUUUCAUUGUGAUGAUGGUGAUACUGCAAAUUAAAGCCUUCGUACUUUUGUAUGCUUUCUGUGGACAACUCUGAAAUAAAGAUAGAAAAUAUUUGAGUUA